AUGAGUAACUCGAUAGAGCUACUUGAACCUCCGCCUAUUUGGCCUGAUAUUGAAUUAGAAAUGCGAGAAUACAUCGAAUAUCCUGAACGAUUACCGAUACAUCAACUAAAUAAUGCUCAAUGUUAUUGGCCACGCAAGCCAAAUGUUCUUUCACUCUUAGAAUAUGAUGUAGCUCCAAUCGGUACAACACUAAAGUUUGAUCGUGAUCCAGUAACAGGAAAAAUUUGUGAGAUGCAAGAAAUAAUCUUACAGGGUGCAGGAGAAACUGCAAGAAAUUCCAUGUCCAUGACUCGUGCACCUGGACCACUCAUGGAUGGAGUUCGAGGUAAUCCUAGUAAUAUCCCAUUUUGGCCUGGUGGUUUUGAUGAAAUUAAAGUACCUGAAAGUGAUUUUGUGGAAGAUAUUGAUUUUGAGAAGAAUUUAAGGACAUUGGCAAAAGGAUUCAGCUCGGGUCUAGAAUUUAGAAGUGACGGUUCUACACCAAUCAAUUGUAUCGAGAGUACAGAGGAAAUGUUUAUUCCAUCAGUAUCAGAAAAUAGUGAAUUAAAAAUUAAUAAUGAUAAUAUCAAUUUAAUGGCUGUCAUACAUGAGGAAGGAAAUUCGCUUGGUUCAUGGUUGCUAACUGAGGAAAUUAAGAAAGAGAGCGUGCUACCUCCAAACGGUGAUAUUCUCUCUAUAGAAGACAUCUCUGCUUUGCCUGACGAGAUAAACAUACCAGUUUUGAAGAUAUCAGAGACACGGUCAGAGCUGGCGAAAAGCGAGUGGGCAGAGCAGUUGGACGUGUCUGCACCAGUGACUGAUUUCGACAAGAGAGUACCUGACCCAGCAAUUAAAUUUGAAUAUGAAUUAGACACUUUUCAAAAACAAGCCAUCCUUAAAUUGGAGGAAAACUGCAAUGUGUUUGUUGCUGCGCAUACGUCUGCAGGAAAGACUACUGUUGCAGAGUAUGCUAUCGCGUUGAGUCAAAAGCAUAUGACGAGGGUGAUUUAUACUUCUCCUAUUAAAGCACUGUCGAAUCAGAAGUAUCGCGACUUCAAGAAGAAGUUUGAAAGCGUGGGAUUAUUGACAGGCGAUUUGCAGAUAAACCAAAACGCAUCGUGUUUAAUCAUGACAACAGAAAUCUUGCAGUCAAUGUUGUAUUGCGCGUCGGAUGUCUUGCGAGAUCUAGAAUUUGUGAUAUUCGAUGAAGUGCACUACAUUAAUAAUGAAGAUAGAGGUCAUGUAUGGGAAGAAAUAGUCAUUCUUCUGCCACAGACUAUUAAUAUAGUAAUGUUAUCUGCGACCGUACCGAAUCCAAUAAUAUUCGCGGAUUGGGUCGGCCGCAUCAAGAAACGAAAGAUGUAUGUGAUUAGUACCCUGAAAAGACCAAUACCUCUUCUGCAUUAUUUAUACACCGGAACUGACGGUAAGACUAGGGAUGAUAAAUUUUUGGUGCUCGAUGGCAAUGGUCAGUUCUUAUUAGACGGAUGGUACAAAGCGACGAGCGCAUCCGACAAGAAGAAAGAGAAAGCUCCGAAGGAUUGCAGAAGAAAAGUUCAAAUGACUCCGAAACAAGAGGAAGUCUUAUGGAGAGCGUUUACAAGCCAUCUUAACAGGAAUGAUAUGUUACCUGUUGUUGUGUUCACGCUGUCGAGAAAGCGUUGUGAUAUGAAUGCUGCCACAUUGAGAAAUCUCGAUUUGACAACCGCGAGGGAGAAACAUCAAGUGCACACGUUCUUUCAUAAUAACAUAAAAAAUCUGAAGGGUAGCGACAGGGAAUUGCCGCAAGUACUUAUGAUGCAAGAACUCUUGCAGAAAGGAGUUGGUAUUCAUCACAGCGGGAUACUACCAAUUCUGAGAGAAAUCGUGGAGAUGUUGUUCCAGAGUGGAGUAGUGAAGUUACUGUUUGCGACGGAAACCUUCGCCAUGGGAGUUAACAUGCCAGCGCGCACAGUAGUGUUCGAUUCGAUACGAAAGUAUGACGGCAAUCAUUUUCGUACUCUUUUCCCGACAGAAUACAUACAGAUGGCCGGUCGCGCCGGCCGACGAGGUCACGACACCACAGGGACGGUAAUAGUGAUGUGCAGGAACGAGGUGCCGCAUUUCAACGACUUGAAACCGAUGAUGUGUGGGGGUGCACAGACAUUGGAAUCCAAGUUCAAAGUCACCUAUUCCAUGCUUCUGAACUUGAGAAGGGUGAACGAAUCCGUCACAGUCGAGGCGAUGAUGCGCAAAUCGUUCAAGGAAUCUCCGUUGGCCUCGCAGGAAGCAGCGUAUAUGAACGAGCUACGAAAGUUGGAGCGGCAGUUAUCGUAUUUGCCGGAUUUUACCGAUAUGCAGCAAAUGCUCUCGGCUUUUUACCACGUGGCGGUGGAAUAUCUAGAGGACAUCAAAUGUCUGAAUCCCUGCAUGUUCGAAUCUAAAAAAGCGACGAAGAGCAUGCCCGAAGGCAGAGUACUGAUCGUAUCGUACGCGAAUCAUUACAACAAGAUAGCUCUAUUGUUGCAGAUUGUGAGUAACAAAAAUUCCACUCAGUACAAAGUGUUGAUACUCGUGAACGCGGAUGGGUCGGAUUCCGAGAUUGCGGAAUUCAAGGAUCCGCAGAUCUACGAAAAAUGGUGCGAAAUGAUUAAUCUGACUAAGAAGCGUAUAUUUGUCCCGCACAAAAAUCCAUCGCACAAAGUCUUGACUAUAUCAGCGUGGCAUAUCUUGGCGGUAACCAAGCACCAAAUAAAAGUUGAUUGUUCCUUGGUGCUGAACGACUGGGAGAAGAGACAAAUAUCACGAUUCAAAAACGAUCCACCAGGCCAGACAUGCCAGAUAGCGGUUCAAGAAUUAACGUCUCUGUCGUUGAAAGCCGGCAUGUCGCCUGAUAUUUUACGUCCGUACGCUGAAUUCUCGCUGAAGAGUGACUUACGAGUGACCGUGAAACACAGAGAUCACCUGAAGAAUAUUCUCGACGACAUGAGAUGCACGGAAAUACCAAAUUUUGAGGAACAAUUUAGGCCUGUAUUCGAGCGUAAUCAAAUCGAGAGCAAAAUGCGGCAGCUGCAGCUCAAACUCAGCGACGAAGGAAUGGCGUUGUAUCCGGACUACGUGAACAUGCUGGCGCUUCUCAAAUAUUUGAGAUACAUUGACAGCGACGAGAGAGUCGCUCUGAAGGGAAGAGUCGCGUUACAAAUGGGUAGUAACGAAUUGCUCAUAACAGAAUUGAUUCUAAAAAAUGUGUUGACCGUCUUACAACCGGCGGAAAUAGUAGCGCUAUUAUCGGCAGUGAUCUUUCAUCAACGCACGGAUGUUGAGCCGAAACUCACACCGAAUUUGACGAAUGGUCGCGAAGUGAUGAAAGAGGUGCACGCCGAAUUGGAGUCACUGGAGCAACGCUAUCAAUUGUCAACAUUGUCGCCAUUGAACUUUGGCUUGAUGGAAGUUGUUUACGAAUGGGCACAGGCUAAAUCGUUUGCGGAAAUCAUGAAGAAGACAGACGUCCAAGAGGGUAUCAUAGUUCGUUGCAUACAGCAACUCGGCGAGACUCUGCGAGAUGUUAAAAACGCGGCUGUGACGAUAGGCGAUCCUGUUUUGAAGGAAAAAAUGGAGGAAGCCUCAACCGCGAUCAAACGUGACAUAGUUUUCGCCGUGUCCUUAUACACGCAAGACUAAAGAUUAUUCGAAUAAUGAAUAUUAUUUUUAGUACUCCGGCGCAAAUUAUUGUAUUUUUAUAUAAAUUAUAAAUUAAGAAUAUCACGAGUACAUAAGCAUAUAAGAGGUGUUUUCUGUCCGUACAUACAUAGAUCAUAGCAUUUAGAAUUUAGUCGCAUAAGAUGUCGUUAACAGUCGUAAAACAUUGUUCCAAUAAAGUAUCGUAGUAUUUAUAA